AUGCCUUCCAGGGCCAUGAACCGGCUGUUCGUCGAUUCCGCCUCCGGCAGCGCCGGCUGCCGGGACGCCGAGCCGGUGCUCUGCGCGCCUCGGCCGCGCAGGGUCCAGGUCCACCCCUGCAGCGCCGACCUCAUCCUUGGCCCGCCGCCCUUCCUGCUCAACAGCAACAGUAAGAGCAGCAAGGAGGGAGGCAGGACCAAGCCGGCGGAGGUGGGGGAGGAGGAUGACGGGGGCUGCUGGGCGGUGUUCGGCGGGUCGCCGCCGGCGCGCGCGGACAACCCGCUGGUGCACGACCCCCACUUCCUGCUGAACCAGCGCCAGCCCGCGGCGGACCCAACGCCGCUGGAGCUCGGAUUUUUUUACCACCGGAGCCGCACCAGCUACGUCCACCGCCCGACGUAUAGCAGCAACAGUAACAGCAGUUUUGCCCCGUCGUCGUUCGCGCCGUCCGUGAGGAUCCAGGGGUUCGACGUCGCCGCGUGCCGGAGCUCCCACAGCAACGGCGGCAGCCGCGUGCUGUCCGCCCGCGCCUGA